UUGAGAAAAAUAAUCAACAGGUUGGGCAAUAACUGUUCAAUGACACUAUGUUGAAUUGUGUGAAUAGAUAAAACUGCAGUCCUGUAUUCAUGUUUCUGAAUCCUAAUCAGGCUAAAGUGUAAUAGUCCCAAAUAUGGAGAGGUGUUGAUCAUUGUAUUGGAUCCACUCCUCUUCAUUUCCACCUGCUACUUCCUUCACUGCAUCUUGGUGUUUCACAACUUCAUUAAGAUUAUGAAACCAGAACCCUACUUCAAAAAAAAAGAGCAAACACUGCAGUGACAGGGGCUUCAGAAGAGCACAACAAACUAUUUCUGUUGUAUUUCUGUACUUUGCAAAAAUGAAUGUGAGACAUUGGUGGAUUAGCAGAUGUGUAAGACCAAGGAAAUGAUGAUGGACGGACAGAGACAGAGAGGGGCAUAGUGGUUGUGUUUUGGUCAAAAGAGGAGAGGGGGUGGCUGAUGUCGUCCCUCACCUGCAAUGCAGUGCUGGGCUGCAUCACCCAAUCAUCUCCCAGCUGUCAGUGAAGAGGGGCUGGGCCAGAAGCUGACGGCAGCCAAGGAGAGUUCUCGGUCAGAGAGAGAGAGCGAGAGAGAGCGCAAGAGAGAGAGGCGGUUAAUGUGUGAGAGAAAAGUGAGCGAGAGAGUCAGUGAGUGCGCAGUGGUGUGUCCUGCACUCCAGGACUCAGUGCUCUCAGCCUGCAGCACAGCCUCCACAAUUCUCCUCUUCUUCCUCUCUACUCUGUGCUUUUCUUCUCCCACUCUGGUCCUUUCCAUCUUCUUUUCUCUUCCCCUUUCCUUCCCCUCUUUUCUUUUUCUGUGACACUCUGUCAGUGCAAUCUCUGCUUUUCAUUCAUCAGUGCUGAUCAACCCUCUCCCUCUCCACUCUACUUCUCAUUCUUCCUCUUUUGGUCCUGUAAUCCCUCUUUUUUUUCUUCUCCUCACGGAUGGACUGAGAGGAUCUUAUAACACCUGCACUCUCUCCUCUCCUGUCUUCCUUUUUCCAUCACGUCCCAUGGGCAUCCGUGCAUCUUGCAGACCAGAGCCUCAUGGUCGUGGAGGCAGCUCUCAGCCAGGCCAGGCUGACUCUCCCCUCCCAGAACAGGAUGAGGAAAUCCUGGGCUCUGACGAUGAUGAGCAAGAGGACCCCAACGACUACUGCAGGGGUGGAUAUCACCAUGUAAAGAUAGGAGAUCUGUUCAAUGGGAGAUACCAUGUGAUCCGUAAACUGGGGUGGGGGCACUUCUCCACCGUGUGGCUGGCCUGGGACAUCCAGGAGAAACGUUUUGUGGCCAUGAAAGUGGUGAAAAGUGCUGAGCAUUACACAGAGACGGCUCUGGAUGAGAUCAAGCUGCUCAAAUCUGUAAGAAACACAGAUCCCAGUGACCCCAACAGAGAGAAGGUGGUGCAGCUCCUAGAUGACUUCAAAAUUUCUGGCAUGAACGGCACUCAUGUCUGCAUGGUGUUUGAGGUGCUGGGCUACCACUUACUGAAGUGGAUCAUCAAGUCAAAUUAUCAAGGCCUACCUUUGUCCUGUGUCAAAAGUAUCAUCCAUCAGGUCCUGCAGGGUUUAGACUACCUCCACACCAAAUGUAAAAUCAUCCACACAGACAUCAAACCAGAGAACAUUCUGCUGACUGUCAACGAACCCUACAUCAAGAAGAUGGCUGCUGAAGCUACGCAGUGGCAGAAGACUGGUACCGCACCUCCCUCGGGUUCUGCAGUGAGCACAGCCCCAGCACCAAAACCAUUGGCUAAAAUGUCAAAGAACAAAAAGAAGAAGAUGAAGAAGAAACAGAAGAAACAGGCGGAGCUGCUAGAGAAGAGGAUCCAGGAGAUGGAGGGAGGAGCAACAAAUGACGUAGUGGACGACGAAGAGGAUGAGGAAACAACAGAGACCACCGAAGAUACAACUUCUUCAGCCACACUCUCCACAUCUGCCACAUUGCAAGAUAUCGUAAACCAUGUUAUCACAGACUCUACCCCUGAUGAACAGCCCCAACAGAUGCCAGAAGGAAAUGAACAGAGAGAUGAGUCAGCCGAAGAGGAGAACCGGAUGGAAGUGAACUGCAACGGCCGUGCCCCCACGCCGGAGAGUGAGGCUGUCGAGGAGAUCCAAACACACGGGACCAAGCAGCUUUCAGAGGAACAAGAGGACCAACAGAACGCAAACCAGACAAACGCUAAUACAGAAACCCAUGACAUACUAGGUAACAAAGACGACCAUCAGACCUGCAAUGGUUCACCUGCAGACCCACCACAGGACCUACAGCCGCUGCCCGCUUCCCUCAACCCAGACUCUGUCACUGUAGAACUUACAGAGGAAAACGAUGAACAGAAAAAGAAGGAAGGGGAAAUGGACAUUCAAGGGGAGAUCAAGACACAGGAUGAAGAGCAGGACAGUGAGAAUGGAGCGUCAGGCAGUUUGUUAGUAAACCCCCUGGAGCCUCUCAAUGCUGACAAGCUGCAGGUUAAGAUUGCUGACCUUGGCAAUGCCUGCUGGGUGCAUAAGCACUUCACAGACGACAUCCAGACACGGCAGUAUCGGUCCCUAGAGGUGCUGAUGGGAUCCGGGUACAGCACACCAGCAGACAUCUGGAGCACAGCAUGCAUGGCAUUUGAAUUAGCUACAGGAGAUUAUUUGUUUGAACCCCACUCUGGAGAAGACUAUUCCAGAGAUGAAGAUCACAUAGCGCUAAUCAUUGAACUGCUAGGAAAAGUUCCCCGCAAGCUGAUCCUGUCAGGCAAAUACUCCAAGGAGUUUUUCACCAAGAAAGGUGAUCUGCGUCACAUCACCAAGCUGAAGCCAUGGGGUCUUUUUGAUGUGUUGGUAGAAAAGUAUGAGUGGUCCAAAGAGGAGGCGCACUCCUUCAGCAGCUUCCUGCUGCCCAUGCUGGACCUGGUACCUGAAAGGAGGGCCACCGCGGCCCAGUGCCUCUCGCAUCCAUGGCUUGUAUCCUAGAGGCAAUCCAUGCACAUGGCCAUACUCUCAUUGUAAAAGGAUAAAUUAGUUUGAAGACUUGAAAUCAUUCACUAAAAAAGAUUCAUGUCUACAAGAGCUGGUGACUGCAUCGUGCCUGCAUCCUCCAGUCACCAUUCAGAAGCUACCGACAUACUUGCGUAUACACAAUAUGCUGAGUCUUGUUAAUGGUUACACUGGUUAUAGAAGGAAGUCUUUUCCCUCAAUAUAUGGCUCUUUUUUUUUUUACUGGCUGCAUAGACUUAUCUACUGGCUCUGUUAUAAUCCUAUUUUUUUCCCUGACUCCAGCUUCUCCACUGUGCAUUAUAUUGUCUGAUCUUGUGGAAUUUUUAGCUAUAGAUAACAGACUGGGUUGGAUUUCAAAGAAUGUUGCACUUGUCUAAAAAAUGCAGAAGAAAGCAGGAUGUUCACCGCCAUGAAAAUCACAUACUGUUAACAUUAGAUCAUUGACAAGUCUGUCUUGCUCCUUAAUGUUGGCAGCUUUGAUGCCUUUGGCUGUCAAAUGUGUGUGAAGUUCUCAGAAAUAUAACUGCAUAACGUUAACUGGCAUGAAGCAAGACUAGAAAUCUUCUUGGUACAGUUAAGUUCGCUUUCUCCUUCUAACCUUUGUACAUUUGUAUACAAGCAUAACAGCAGGAUGAUGAGGCAUAGAUUUCAUACACAGCAUCAUGUACCAGGUCUGAAAACAGACAGAUAUGAUGUUCUAUCAUUUAGGAGAACCAAACUGUGAGCUCAGAUUUUUCUUUUUACAGGUAUUCUUAAUGUAAACAUUGUUUUAUGUUAUUUAAAAAAAGCACUUGGCACAAAAUAACGUGAACAAUAUUCAGAUUCCUUCUUUACUUCUUGCAUGAGGCAACAGAAGAGAGGCAGUUUCAUACCUUGAUCAUUCUCUCCUGUUAAGGUGUUAAAACGUCACUUUUAACAGUCUCUUAAGACCACAUGUAGAGUCAGUGAACCAAAGAGUUGGCUUUUAAUUUGUCCCUCUUUGCAGCACAUAUUUAGUUUCUAUAAGAGACUCAGCAAAGUGAAGGAACAAGCUAAUAGUUGAAUAUUUUUUUAGACUUUUUGGAAAUGCCUUGAAAGACUGAUUGAAAUGUCUACGGUGGUGAUUGAUUUGAAGAAAAAAAAAGAUUGUACUAAACAGAUGCUGUAAUCAUGCUUUCAGUCCUUUCAAAAACAUUUUACUUGUUUUUCUACAGGAAUUCCACUUCUGUUAAUGUCUUCCCUUUCAUUGGAUUAUAUUUUCUCUGUAGGUAAUAAGAAUAAACAUUUUUCCAAACUUAA